AUGCCUUGGGAGUCGAUCAAGCUCAAUUCUGGAUACUACAUUCCAAGCAUCGGAUUCGGUACUUGGAAGACAGGUAACGGCCAAGGACCUAUCGACCAGGUUAAACAAGCUCUAGGAAAUGGAUUCACCCACAUUGACACGGCGCAGGCCUACAAGAAUGAAAAGGAAACCGGUGAUGCUUUGAAAGAGACCGGACUUUCUCGUUCAGAUGUCUAUGUGACAACCAAGUACUCCGGUACAAACGGUCUUGAUAUCCAGACUUCUAUCAAGAACAGUUUGAACAGCCUUGGGAUAUCGGAUGUUGACCUCUAUCUGGUCCAUUCCCCGCGCCUGGCAGUACCUGACAUCCCCACAUGUUGGGCGCAAAUGGAAAAGGUCAAUGAAGAUGGACUUGCUAAGAGCAUUGGUAUCAGCAACUUCGGCGUCCAGCACAUGGAGACUUUGCUGGCAUCUGCGAAAGUCAAGCCUGCGGUCAACCAAAUUCUCCUUCAUCCAUAUGUUUAUCGGCGACAGAAACCUAUUCUCGAGUAUGCUGCGAAGAAUGGAAUUAUUAUCGAGGCAUAUAGCGCGCUGAUUCCCAUCACACAGUUGCCCGGCGGUCCUUUGGACAAACCAUUGAACGAAAUCGCAGCAAAGUUCGGCGCGACGACCGAGCAAAUUCUUAUGGCGUGGACCAAAGCCAAGGGGGCUGUCGUCGUCACCUCGAGUUCAAAGAAGGCACGCCUGCAAGGUUACAUCGAGGCAGGUGAUAUAACUUUGUCUCCAGAGGAUAUUGCUGCUAUCGAUGCUGCGGGAGCUUUGGGUGAGGAAAAGCCAGUGUAA